AUGUCAGCUCCUUUAGGUAAUGACUUUGACUUUCCAAGCCGAAUCUCGGUAGCCGACGGCUCACCUCAGGCGUUUCGAUACGAACACAUCUCGCCAGGCCAAACGAGUCAGCGACAUGAGCAACGUCGGGGUGAUACCAGUGGCACGGACACGUGUGAGACAGGUCUAGCGUCACUACGAGACGAUGUUUCCGGAUACCUAUCGCCGGAGAAACAGGAACAAUCAAGGGACGGAGAGUGGUCCAAUGACUUCUCUCUUGACGAGCGGCCUGGCUAUUCUUCCCAGCUUAUCGGCCUGUCGAGCGAUACUGAUCCAUUUCUUCUGCGACACUAUCAGUAUGAUGCGCGAGACACGUUCCGGAUGUUUGGACUUGAUUUUCGAAAAGUCACAGACGACAUAAACAUGCAAGUGCCUGCAGUCUCGUCUCGAUCAUCACAGAUUCCUGCCAGUGACAUACCAGUGCAAUUCGCAAUGACCAACGAGGAAAUAUGCGAAGAAGAUGUCAAAAUCAUCGACAAGGAUUUUUCAGGUUCCAAUACUGAGGCUGAAGAUCAUGCUUUAUUGUACAAGCUCGUUCCUACUGACUUCGGCUCAAGACUCCUAAAACUCUUCUUCAAAUUUAUUCAGCCCUCGUAUCCUGUUCUCUCAUCGCACGAUCAUAAUGGAGAAUACCGAAACUGCAAUUGUCCAACUGGAUUGAGAGCUGCAGUGUACGCGUUAGCCGCGCCGUACUACUUCCUGGACGACUAUCUAUCCGUGGACAGAGGCUAUCAGCAGCCUUCUACCGAAGAACUCUGGGGCAUUGCUCAUCGCAGCUUGCACCGAGAUUCCCGAAAAUCUCAUUUAGGACUGGUGCAGCUUGGCUUACUUCUUCUGCAUCGGCCGCCACAGAACUAUGCCGUCGCCGAUAUCCCGAGUUCGUGGGCUCUGGCGUGUUCCGUUCUUGCUGCAGCGGAAAGUCUUGGGCUGAAUCUGGACCCAUCGCAUUGGAAGCUUCCUUCACAUGAAAUAAGGCUGCGAAAGAGGCUAUGGUGGCUUGUUCAUGUUGAGCACAUUUGGCGCGCACUGGUUUUAGGACGGCCAUCUCAUAUUGCCGCCUCAAACUGGGAUGUCUCUGAAUUGACUGCAGAUGAUUUCGACCUGGAUGACAUUGCAGAUUCGGAAGCUCGCAACUGUAUUCGAGCACAGAGUCCUUAUUUCAUGGCUCUUUGCAGCCUGAGUAUGAUAUGCAGCGAAGCCCUAGAAGCUCUUUAG